UCGAAGUGUGACUUUCGUGCUGUAUGACAUCACAGCUGCAAUUUAGAACAUAGAACUAAACCUUUCUCAGUUUUCUAUUUUCAAAUGACAUGUUAGGCAUCAGACAUUUAUACGCCGUGAAGAGCAACAUUGCAUCGCAACGUCCAGACAGGAGCAUACAUACUUUCAGCUUGAUUCGUGGCAAGACUUCCAUCAUGGCCGAUCAACCGCCUGAGCGGUCCUAUCAGCCCCUGGUCCGAAAACCCCCGGACCCAUUGCUCAGUUUCUAUUGUUUCAGGGAAACAAUAGAAACCUCUCCCUGGUGGACCAGCGAGCCUUCUUCAGAGGAGGGUGGGGUGAUGCAGAGGAAUAGGAGCAGAGAAGAUCCAGAGGAAGGCCAAACCCCCACCAAGAGGUUGAGGACCAGCUACGGGAAACAACCUCCCCAUGUGGAGGCUGUGGGGAAGGCAGAGGACAGUGGUCCCAGCUCCUCUGCAGGUGUUGAGCGCUCCGACCACAGCUCCGCCCGUAUCACCUCCUCCAGCAAGACCUGCAUGAUGACCUACAGCACAGCCGUCUUUGAAGCUCUGUACAAGGAGCUGGAGCGGCUGGGACAAGGAGGAUUCGGGAGUGUCUUUGCCGGCUACCGGAGACAGGACCGUCUGCCUGUGAGAGUGACACCACAGAACCACACUCCAUGUGCAAGCACAUACGUGUCUGAUCCACUCGAGGCAGAGGACUCCUCUGAGGCCCGUGAAGACCCAGGGAUGCCCGGUUCUUCGUCCGGAUCCCGGGACACGGACAGGUCUGGCAGUGGUCCCAGCUCCUCUGCAGGUGUUGAGCGCUCCGACCACAGCUCUGCCUGUAUCACCUCCUCCAGCAGGAUCCGCCUGACGACCUACAGCACAGCCGACUUUGAAGCUCUGUACGAGGAGCUGGAGCGGCUGGGACAAGGAGGAUUCGGGAGUGUCUUUGCUGGCUACCGGAGACAGGACCGUCUGCCUGUCGCUAUCAAGCAUAUCCCCAUGGACAUGGUCGAAAUGACCCGGGAGACUCUUAACGGGCAGCUGACAGACUGCCCGCUGGAAGUGUCUUUGAUGCUGAGGGCCGCCGAAGAUCAACCGGACCCUGAGGUUCCCGGGGCAGUUGUCCUCCUGCUCGACUGGUUCCAGCUGGACCAGGAGCUGCUCCUGGUGCAGGAGAGACCCGACGCCUCUGUCGAUCUACUCGCCUACAUGAGGAGCAAGGGGAGCACGCUGCAGGAGCAGGAAGCCAAGUGUGCUUUCCCUCUGUAUCAGAUGAUUCUGCACCAAGUGGUGGAAGGAAUCCAAGGGCUCCACUCCAGAGGCGUGCUGCACCGCGACAUCAAGCCUGAAAACCUCCUGGUGGAGACAGGCUCCGACACGCCCCGGGUCCGGAUCAUAGACCUGGGAUGCGGUUGCCUCCACAACAACGAGGUGUAUUUAGAGUUUGACGGCACCGACUCGCACAUCCCCCCAGAGUGGUACGCCCGGGGGGCCUACAGAGCCGACCCGAUGACGGUGUGGCAGUUGGGCGUGCUGCUCUAUGAAAUGCUCACGGGACACGUCCCUUUCCAGACCAGCACCGAAAUCAUCUGGAAAAAGCUUCCACGCAUCGAGAGUGACAUAUCGCCAAACUGCAAGGACUUUCUGAAGAGGUGCCUUUCCAAGCGAGCUCUGGGCCGACCGCUGCUGCAGAGCCUGCUGCUCCAUCCCUGGCUGCGGGGGGCACGUCGUUUAUGACCUGGACCCCUACAUAAGCUGUUAAGCUAUGGAACUGUCUUCCUUCAACAAGAAUGUCUCUAACUUAUGGGGAUUAAUACGCCUGAUGAGAUAAUUAUGUUACAUUUUGCAAAACGUUUUUUGGAAUCCAUGAUUUCCACUGCAAUUUACUUCAUACGGCUAUUAAUUAUCCGAAAAAGUUGAUAUAUGCAAGAUGUUCGAAAAAUAUAAGGCCUACUUGUCAAAAGUAGGAUGUUAAUAUUAGUCGCAAAACGUGUGGCAAUUUUGAAUAUAGGUGGUUUACACUCUGCUUACGUGUCAUUAUUCUUCAAAAUGAACAGGGCUUUGCCUUUCCUGUUUUACAUAAAUAGCCUCAAAACAU